AUGGAUUUAGGAUUUUAAGUUUCUGAUAGAAGUAUUCAAGAAUUUAACUUAAUGAAAAUGUUAGAUAAAAAUGGUUAAGGAAAAUACCGCUAUAUAAUAUACAAAGUUAUAAACAAUAAGGAAAUCGAUAUUGAAAAAAUAGGUUAAAGAGAAGAAACAUAUGAUGACUUUGUAAAAAGUUUACCUUUAGAUGAUGCUCGCUAUUGUGUAUUUGAUUAUAGUAUGACUUAUUCAGAUGGAAGAAAUGCAAAUAAGUUAAUUUAUAUUUUCUGGUGCCCUGAUACUGCUAAAGUAAAGGUUAAGAUGGUUUCUGCUUCUACUAAUUAAUUCUUUUUUGGAAAAUUACAAGGUGGUUUAGUUUCACAUUAAGCUAAUGAUUUAUCUGCUUUGUCUAAAAACGAAAUUGAAAAAAAAUUAUCAUUCUGA